AUGCGCGGCCCGCUGGUUUUCUCGGCGAAGGCCUGGCACGGCCCAGGCAACGGCGCCCUCUUCUCACAAAUACAGUCGCGCAUCUCGACGACAGCAACACGCCAAAAAUCAACGUCAUUCGCUACCAAGCCAAUUUCAACCGCUUCAAUACCUAGGACGUCGCUGAACAGCGCCGCGCCAUGUCUCUUCCCCCCAUCGUCGAUAUCCCGAUUCGCAACCACGGGCACCACACGUCACAAUGGCGUACCAAGCCCAGCUCGCAUGUUCACUACGUCGCGAUUACUAGCGGAAGCGUCGAGCGGUACAAAGCCUGCAAGGCAACGCAAGUCAUACAGGGAGGAGAUUAAAGAAAAGGGCAUCGUGGAUGUUGAAGAGCAUGAUGGCGAACUGGAGAACGAGGAACAAGGCUUUGCAAAGUCUGAGAAGGCGGCGCAGGCGAAGCAGGUCAACUUGAGCGCCAAGCUCAGCAAGGAUGGUUCUGGUUCUGGAAGCACACCCGGUGGCAUGAAAGAAAUCUGGAGAUUGAUCAAGAUUGCCCGACCGGAGCUUGGCGUACUCUCUUGGGCAUUCGUAUUCCUGCUCGUGGGAUCUGGCAUCUCUCUAUCUGUACCUUUCUCAAUCGGCAAGAUCUUGGACGCUGCAACUUCGACCGAGAACACCGAUGGCUUACUCUUUGGCAUGUCUCCCUCCGUCUUCUACUUCGCACUGGCGGGUGUCUUGACAACUGGCGCGGCAUUCAACUUUGGGCGUAUCAUUAUUCUGCGAAUCGUUGGAGAACGCAUCGUGGCUCGCCUGCGAUCCCAGCUUUACCGCAAGACAUUCGUGCAAAACGCAGAGUUCUUCGACGCCAACAGGGUUGGAGAUCUCAUCUCCCGUCUCGGCUCAGAUACCAUCAUCGUUGGAAAGAGCAUCACGCAGAACUUGUCUGACGGUCUGCGUGCGCUCGUCAGCGGUGCAGCUGGUUUUGCCAUGAUGGGUUUCGUCAGUCUGAAGCUUACUGGUAUUCUCGCUCUGAUUGCCCCACCCGUCGCUCUCGUCGCCUUCUUCUCUGGUCGCUCGCUACGGAAUCUGAGUCGCAAGAUUCAGAAGAACUUGGGAACUUUGACUAAGAUUGCUGAAGAGCGGUUGGGUAACGUUAGAACAAGUCAAGCCUUCGCUGGAGAAGUCCAAGAAGCAUCACGCUACAAUCGACAAAUCAAGAGGAUAUUCGCUCUAGGAAAGAAGGAAGCCGUGGUCGCCGCAACUUUCUACGGAAGCACUGGAUUGAUGGGUAAUUUGACUAUCAUCUCCAUUCUUUAUGUUGGCAGCAACAUGGUCAAGAACGGAGUCAUUUCUAUCGGCGAACUCUCCUCGUUCUUGAUGUACACUGUCUACGCCGGUUCCAGUAUGGUCGGUCUUUCUGGUUUCUACGGUGAGAUGAUGAAGGGUGUUGGAGCUGCCAGCCGUCUCUUUGAGCUUCAAGAUCGCAACCCGACAAUAUCCCCCACCAAGGGUCUGCCAGUCAAGUCAGCGCGCGGUCCCAUCGAGUUCAGGAAUGUUUCCUUUAGCUAUCCCACUAGGCCAGCAGUCACUAUUUUCAAGGACCUCAGCUUCAAGAUUGAACAAGGAACAAAUGUGGCCAUCGUUGCGCCUAGCGGAGCUGGCAAGUCUACAGUCGCUAGUCUCCUCCUGCGCUUCUAUGUCCCCAACACUGGAACUAUCACUAUCGACGGUCGAGACAUUACCACUCUUAACGCGAAGCAGUUGAGAAGAAAGAUUGGUUACGUUGGUCAGGAGCCCGUGCUCUUCUCUGGUACCAUCGCCGAGAACAUCGCAUAUGGUGUGCCCAAUGCCACUCGCGCUGAAAUUGUGGCCGCUGCACGAAAGGCCAACUGCCAGUUCAUCAGCGAUUUCCCCGACGGCCUUGAAACACACGCUGGCGCCAGAGGUACUCAGCUUUCAGGAGGCCAGAAACAACGUAUCGCUAUUGCACGAGCACUCAUCAAGAAGCCCGACAUCCUCAUCCUCGACGAGGCAACAAGUGCUCUCGAUGCGGAGUCGGAGACUCUUGUCAACCAAGCACUCAACAAACUCCUCCAGGAGAACAAUACAACUAUUAGCAUCGCACAUCGCCUGUCGACAAUCAAGCGUUCUGACCGUAUCAUCUGCAUCGAUGCUGACGGUAGAGUAGCCGAAGAAGGCACCUACGAGCAGCUCAGCUCAAACCCAGAGGGCGCAUUCAACAAGCUUAUGGAAUGGCAAAUGAGUGGCGGGGACGUUCCUGCCAAGGAUGUCAAGAGCCCCAAACCUACUGAAGAGGAGGAGGUUGAGCGAGAGCUCGAAGAGGAAGAAGUCGCUGGCCGCAAUCGCGUCUAA